CCCCUCACUUCUACCCGGACGGCUGUUGGAUCCGGACAAGCAGGGAGGAGUUCCGUUUUCCAAAGCUUUCUGCAUUCCUGGCUGCCUGCUUCGGCUGCUGAAGGGGCUGCCACCUUGUACUAUUUACGCAGCCUCAGGAAAAGAAAGGGACUUCAUACCUUCCAGAUCACUUCCUUUCAUAGGAAACUAUUGAGCACAGGAAUAAAGAUGGCCACUGAACCAGUAGAAGACAAUUGCAUCAGCUUUGUGGAAAUGAAAUUUAUUGACAAUACACUUUACUUUGUAGCUGAACACGAUGAAAACCUGGAAUCAGAUUACUUUGGCAAGCUUGAACCUAAACUCUCAAUCAUACGAAAUUUGAAUGACCAAGUUCUCUUCAUUAACCAGGGAAAUCAACCUGUGUUUGAGGAUAUGCCUGAUUCUGACUGUACAGAAAAUGCACCUCAGACCAUAUUUAUGAUAUAUAUGUAUAAAGAUAGCCUCACUAGAGGUCUGGCAGUAGCCCUCUCUGUGAAGUGUUGGAAAACUUCUACUCUCUCCUGUGAGAACAAAAUUAUUUCCUUUAAGGAAAUGGAUCCUCCUGAGAAUAUCAAUGAUGAAGGAAAUGACAUCAUUUUCUUUCAGAGAAGUGUUCCAGGACAUGAUGACAAGAUACAAUUUGAGUCUUCAUUGUACAAAGGAUACUUUCUAGCUUGUAAAAAAGAGAAUGACCUUUUCAAACUCAUUUUGAAAGAAAAGGAUGAAUGUGGGGAUAAAUCUGUAAUGUUCACUGUUCAAAACAACUAGAUAUUAAAAUUGCACAGUUUGAACCCUC